AGUGUGCUUCUGCUGCAGCACUCUAUCACACAAGUAAACCUGAAGUCCUGCUGCUCUGAUACUCUCACUCACUCACUCUCUGUCUGUUUGUGUAACCGGCUGGAUCUCCUCCUAACAACCCUGUGACUCAGCCCGGAGUCUGGAUGUUUACACUUUUCUUCCAGUUUGAUGAGUUUGGAAAGCACAUUUCCUGAAUUGAGGCUGCUGUAAUGAGAUGUAAGUAGAUCUGAUUUGCUGCUUGUGUGUCUGUGCUUCAAAUUUUACCUCUCUGUCCUUAAGCUAAUCUCAAACUCUUGUUUUGUAAGCCUCUGUCCUAGGGUCAGUUUGGGCUCUUCUCCUGCUGUUGCGGGAGCCAACAUGCCGGGGGGAUGAGGUUUCUUCUAGCACAGGUAGGUAAAGGGGUCAGAGGGUUUGUAAUCUCGUUAUUUAUCAAUCUUAGGGUUUGUUAAUGAAAUAUCAGAUGCAGUAAACACAUGUUCAGUAGAUUAAAAAUGCGCCUGAGUGCAUGUUUUCAGGUCUUCCUUUUAAACAAGACAGCUGGCAAAGGCUUCUAGACAUUCCCUUAACUGUGAUAACGAAGACAGGCCCCGGCAGGCCCCCCACCAGUACAAUAACAUGAAUUUAUCAGCAAGAAGACGCAAUUCCUAAAAGAAAAGCUACUCAGGGUCAUAUCUUGUGCCUUAUUUUUCUUUCAAAUAUGAUUAAAAUCAGGAAAACGAGUCAUCCGUAGUACUGAUUGCUGUUUUUCUUUUGCUUUAAUGUUGCUAGAACAGACUUUUCCUGCCUGACCUGUGGUCAGACAUGUAGCCUGACCUGUACGACCACCAUCUCCUCCUAUCACACCCUUUAUAUACACAAUAUACCAUCCUGCUUCAGGCUCAUGUUAUCAGCUCACACAAACGUUUUACUGCCUCCUUUUCCUCUGAUCUCUACUUUGGUGUUUGAAGGAGAUUCCAGUGUAAUUUCUCAUGCUUGUGUUUGUAAAAAAAAGUUAAUACGUGCAGCAUUUCAUUGAUGAGCACUAGCUAGAGAAGACAAACUUGGUUCAAUUCAAGUCUACCACUAGCAUAAAAUUCUUGUGAGAGGUCAGGUGAGGUUGUGAGACUGCGCUGGAGUUUGUUGUAUGAGUUUUUGAUCCCUCCCAAGUUGCUUGUCUAACAAAAGUCAUUUUUGCACUUCAGGGUAGCUUAGGAUCAUGGUUAUUCUUUAAUUAAACACACCUCUCAGUUAUUAACUGCCAGUAUGAAUCAAUAAAUUAAGGAAUGUUUUUUUCAUUUGGACAACUUAAUUCACAAGUAUCAUAUCACCAUCUCUAUACCAUCUCUAGCUUGGUGUUUGUGGCUGAAACUGUAAUUGUGAACCAUGGUAAUUUCUUUGAAACACCUUUUCUGGAAAAAAAAAAAAAAAAAAAGGAAAACCAACAGUGUUAAGUCAAAUGUUUAUGAAAGAAUAGUUCAUGCGAGCUACAACAUGAGUAUAGCUAACUGGAAAAAGUCUGGAUUCAAAGCUAUAACCCUUCUCUUUUUUAACAUGUGCCUGAUAAUGAAAUGCCUCACACACAGAAAUUUCCAUGACAAACAAAACACCAGCAUGAGAAAUAACUCUGACUCCUGACAAUUACUCAAUCUUUUCCCUCUGCAAUGUUCUCACACGUCACAUAAAUUAACCAGAUAACAAUUGGCAUGAAAACGCGCCACGUACUUGGUAUCGUAAGAAACAGUGCCCUCUACGCUGGCACCUCUGAAUCACACAAUGUCUCAUCAUAACUAUGAUGUGGAAGACUCCUGGCGUUUGCGUCAAACUUAGUCACAGGUGAGAAGAUUUCACCACUCAGUAUUGUCCUGAUGCAAGAAAUCCAUGUAUAGAUAAAUUCCUUUCUUUCUGCUGAAUCUGAACUCAGUCUGACCUGUUCAAUCAGAUAGUGUCUGUGUAGUUUACAUAGCAGUAAGAUGAGGUUACUGAUGUGUUGAGUGUGCUGCUAGGAGACAGAGUAGGAUGUGUGGGUAGGGAGAGGCAUGUUUUUGCAUGUGCAGAGAUGCAUGUAUGUGUCCUUGCAGACCUGCCUUUUGUCUGAGGAGAUUUCCUUUGACAUGGAGGAUUUAGAGAUUUGCUCCUGCGGCUGCCUGAAUCAUUCUCCGAUAUCAUGAAUUUAGAGCGAGUAACUUAAAAUCUUUAUAUUUUAGGAUGAAGGAAUGUCUGAUACAAACUGUCCUAUCUGUUACCUAAUCUCUUAAGGUUAAGGAGGAUUUGUAUCCUGACACCAAAACUGGCACGUAUGAACUGUGCUUGUUGUGUCCUGUCUGUGUUUCUGCGAAAUAACCCCCUCUUCCCUGCCGCUCUCUGUUUCUGUGGAAGAAACAAAAGCCUUUUUAUGAGGCUGCUGCAAUCAGCCAAGAGGUUUUGUUGUGUUUUUCCCAUGCUGUUUCAUAUAGAAAUAAACACAGGUUGACAUGUUUACGUUUUUGUAAUGUCUCCAAUGUGUAACAUCAUCCAACUUUUAACCUUCAUCUCCUAAAGGGGAUAUUUCAGCAUUUUGGUGAGCUGUUUGAAAAUAGAUGAAGGACUAACUUCAAUUGUUCAGUUGUUCAUUAAGUAUAAAACUGCAGCCAGCUGAUCAAGCUUAGUUUAGAGGCUGGCAUUGAAACAGUGUGAAAAACUUGUCUGGUCAUGUGAGCAAAUCAUUGAUUACCAGCUUGUAUCCUCUUUGUGUAAUCCUUGAUCGCUGUCCAGGAAUGCCGACUUGAAUAAAAGGAUUAUGAAUAGUAACUCCGAGAAGAAUUAUUCAAAUUCAGUCAUUUUCAUUUUUGGCCUCACAUAUUUUAGGCACAUCAGUAUACAAAAUAAGAUGCAAUACUGAGCUGCUAAAAAGUUUGUUUAUUCCCACUAAAUUAAGACAAUUGUUUCUUGUAGGACAUUUUAUUUCGUUUCUACAACCAAAACACGACUCCAGUUUAACACAGAGCUAACUCCGACCCUCCCUCCAAGAAAUCUUAAACCAUCUCUUUACUGGUUGUUAGUAAAUAGUUCAUUUAUUCAUGGAGUUAUUGUCCUGGAGUAGGAAUCAAAUGGACUUUCCAUGUUUUUUGAUGACAGAUGUUAUUUUAAUAAAAAUGGGUCCAGAGGGCUAAAACUGAGACUUCAUGUCUGGCUGAAAAACAUUUUUCUUUUUUUUUUUGAGGAGGUGAUGCAAUCCUCUUCAUGCACAGAUGUUAACAUCUGGGAUGUUCCUGUGGUAUCUUAAUCAAAUCAUACUUUAAACAUGUCGAGUGAAUAUUUGACCUCAUUUCCCCUCCUGUAAUGCUAAUCAUCAUUUCUGAUCUGUUUGCCUGAUAUCCUGUGCGUUUGCAGUCUUUUACAUGCGCCUUUUAUUGUUUUUCCACAGUGAACCCAUGCUGUUAUUUCCCCUGCCAACACUGGGGGGUGUGUGUAAGAUUUGAUGAGGACAAGUAUGAGUGUGACUGCACUCGAACUGGCUACUAUGGAGAAAACUGCACCAUCCGUGAGUUCAAUCAUCCUCGAGUGACUGCUCCUCAUAUCCUGCCUUAUUACUGAACUCUUCAAGAAUUUCAAGUAUCCUGUUAUUGCUUUUACAAAAAAGUUACAGUUAAAAGAUAGGCUCACUGUAUCAUUUUGUUGUUGUUAGGAAGUGGUGCUAUGAAGCGGCUGGCUUACAGAGUUAGGAUUUCUUGUCUAGACCCAAAUAUUUGGAAAUGUUGGAGGAAGAGGAGCAAAUGCCAGAAAGAGGCCAACCGGGUCAGAGCUGCUCCUGCUGGUCUCUUUAGUCCACCACCUACAAACUUUGUCCCGUGGUCUGCUUCUCAUUAAGGGGAAAAAUCUCACACACUGUAGUGCCUAAUCAGAUGUGAUGUGUUUGGCUUACAGUUAUGCAGUUACAUCACACUCAACAGGCAGCAAACAAUUCGCUUAGAUUGUGCCGAGACAAAAGAACGAUAAAGUGGGUGGAGAUGGAAGGAAGAGAGAGAGAGACAGGGAAAGUGGUGGUAGUGUGUGAUAACAUUGACUUGACAUAAUGUGUUUUCUUUGAAAAAUUUCAAGCUUAUUUAACAAAAGAAAACUUCAAACAAACUCAGAGUUUAAAAAAAAUUACUGAGGUUAUGAAUCUGGGCAUGGAGACUUCACUUUUAACAAACGGUUUGUUUUUUUUUUGUUUUGUUUUUUUCAGAUUAAGCUUUUUGGCCUUUAUUAUUUCAAUACAGCUUCUGUCAAAUCUCUUUACCAUCGCCUGCAAUGACAAACCAAAUGAUCUACUGCACGUUUGAUAUUGUAGGAGCCAAAUAUGUUGUUGUGAUAAAUAUUAUGAGCUGUAGUUCACUUUGUGUGGCUUGGGUGUCGCUGUCUUGUUUAUCUGGGGGCUCAGGAAUAAAGGUAGCCAUGUUGCUGUUGUGGGGCAAGUGUUUGACCUGGAAGGGCAAAAGGUUUUUGACCGUCAUGCCGCUAACUGCAGGCGUUUUCCUUGUUUGUUCAGUGUUGGAUAUGAAUUGCAAAAUGAAUUUGGUUGUUCAUCGCAAUAAACUUUUUGUUUGCUGAAUCUAAGGAACAACGUACGGACUCUCUGAUCAUUACAACUCACAGUAAACUCAGUAGUGUGGCGCGUCGACCAGGUUACUCCAGGUCAAGCAUCUAUGUAGCUUAAAGUAUCGACUUAGCUCCUACAAUAUUAUGGUGUUGUUGGCAGGAUCUGACCUGCACAUGGAAAUCCAUUGGACAGCAUAUGUAUCACAACAACAUAUUUGGCUCCUACAGUUAUGAAUCUUCUCUGUCUUUCUAUUUAAAUGAGCUUUAUAGCAUAAUUCAUCUACUUAUUGACCUUUUUCAACCACUACUUCAUGAGUUUGGCUCAGUCCCACUGCUCAUAAUAUGCGAUUUAUGAACAAAGCAGGCAGAUUCUUGAUGAGAAACUGCUCCACAAACUCUGAGUGAAACUAUUUUUAAAGCGAAAAACAGCAUGUACACACUUGUCAGCACCUUUCCUGUGAAUAGAGUGGUGUGUCUGACAGCUAAAGAGACAUGUUUUUUACCUUUUUUGAGUGUCAGGGAUCAAAGAGUUAAAUACACGGAUAAACAGCACACCUUUAUGGGCCCUGGAGCAGUUGCCUCCUUGUCUGGCUGGUAAUCUAACCUCUCCAUGAGGAUGCCAAAACCCAGAACCUGAUAACCCAACCUCCUUUUUUUCCUUCUCCAUUCAAUCGUCUGCUGAGCACUAUAGAGAUGUGGGUGGCAGAUCAGUAGUGUGAAACCAGGUCGUUUUUGUUGGACCUAGACAUAAUGAUUUUAUCGUAAGUAAAUUUCCAGUCUGAUUUCCCAGCAGCUUGUUCUUCCAGUAACAAGACUCUUUUUUUCCUUCUUUUUUAAUGCUUCCUCCCACCGCAGCUGAGAUUUGGACCAGAGUGCGUCAGUUCUUGAGGCCGAGCCCAGAUGUGGUGCAUUACAUUCUCACUCAUUUCCGCUGGCUGUGGGACAUCAUCAACUACACCUUCCUACGGGAUGUUCUCAUGCGGCUGGUCCUAACAGGUCCGGAGUCAUUAGUUCAUUCAGAGAUGCUCAUUCAGACUUUCACACAUAAAGUGCUAAAUAUUCUUCCCUUUUAUCAAACAGUCAGGUCCAACUUGAUCCCCAGCCCUCCAACUUACAACUCAAAAUACAGCUAUCUCAGCUGGGAGUCCUACUACAACCUGAGCUACUACACUCGGCUUCUGCCCCCAGUGCCAGAGGACUGCCCUACACCUCUGGGGGUCAAAGGUUGGUCAAGUUGAAAGCUGCAUUAACCAAUAGUUUUAGUAUCAUACCUGGAUUAAAGUUCAAAUUCAAUUAUAAUUCAUCAUUUUCAUUCCUUGGCUGGAAAACCUACUCAUUUGGUUGACUCUCAACAGUUACAACUAGGGCCCAGCGAGCCGAUUAAAUCGGCCAAUUUUAGCCCGUUUGAAACUAAUCGGUAAUCAGCCAAAACUCGCCGAUUUUCACAGAUUUUUUCAGAAAUAAGAUGCGGAGAAUAAGAUUCGGUUUCACCAGACCAGAAAUAAGUAACGUGAAUUGAGACGCACGCACGCCCCCCCCAGGACAUACCUGCAAGAGUAUUUGUCUAUGCAAAUUGUCAUUGUGAAUAUCCUUUCAGUAUCUCUACCAUGAGUAGCUUCAGUAUUCAGACACAUAAAAUAGAAAUUUGCAGAUACAUAAGUGCCCAGAAUUAUGCACAAAUACAGUGGGUGGGUAUUAUUAAACAAAAAAGCACUUUCCUUUGGGAUUGUUCCAUUCUAAGUGAGACCUUACACCACAAGAUUGUGCAUAAAAUUUCACAGCCUUGACUAGUUCAGGAGUGCAGUGCGAUGUGUCAAGUGUAUCUGCAGUGUUUUCACAGACACACUCUCUCAGUAUUUUGGCUAAGGGUGUGGUGUAUCUCUGUUUUGCUCUGUUCUACGUUUGAUGCUGUGGUGUUUCUGUUCAGGCAAGGCUGGGCUGCCUGACCCUGAGCUGCUGGUUGAGAGACUACUGAAGAGAAGGAAGUUCAGACCCGACCCCCAGGGCUCCAACCUUAUGUUUGCCUUCUUUGCACAGCACUUCACCCAUCAGUUCUUCAAAACGUACAAUCGUAUGGGCCAUGGCUUUACUAAGGCCCUGGCACAUGGGGUUAGUAAACUUUGAUUUAUCUUUUUUUUUUUUUUCAGUUUUAAAAGAACAAUAACAUCUGGAGACUUCCUCUUUAGUGGAAAACAACAGCAGUCUAACAGAGUAUGAAAAACCAACAGAAAAACAAGACUUUGAACUAGUAAAGGUAGACAACACUGUGAAAACAUGUAAAGCAGGUUUCCAGGUGCUUCAGUAUUUAACCUGACACAUUCAUUACAUUUUUGAUUAACUGAUCUGCAUCAUAGAUUUUUUUCCUUGACUUAAAAGAGUUUUAAGGCAAAUAUAUAACAGACCGAAAUUAAUAUUGAUUUUUUAUUAACGCCUGUAAAAGUGAAGAAGACCAUCAGUAACCAUGGUGAUUAUUUCCAUAUUGUUUUGAUUCCUAUAACCCCUGCUGUGGGUAAGUCUUAGAGGGAGUAGCAACAGUCUUUGUUGACAUUUUUCAGUGGAAAGAUUAACAGAUGAUUGAUGUGAUUGAUUAUUAAGAGAAAGCAGAAUGAGCAUUUUGUAUCAUCAAGCUCUUCGUGCAAAGUGUUGCAGAAAUAGGUUAAAAGACCUGUUAAAAGAUUACAUCAACUAACUGAUCUUCCUUUGUAUCUACAUCUUUUUGGUUUAAUGUAUACAAGAAUCGACAUCAUGCUGGCACCUGAAAUAAUAAAGGGGGUUUUGAAACCACUCAGUAGAUACAAAGGCCAAAAUUUUAUCCAGAACUCAACUAGCAAAAAGCCACAUCUUUGUUAUUCCCUGUCAGUUCCUGUUUCUUAUCAUCCUGUGACACAUACAGGUAGAUGCAGGACAUAUUUAUGGAGACAACCUUGAACGCCAGCUCCAGCUGCGGCUUCACAGAGAUGGAAAACUAAAGUUCCAGGUAAAUGAAUCAAGUUUUUUUUAUAUGUAUAUACUAAUCUCAAUAUUUUUAUUAAUAUUCAAAGGCAGUUUUAAACAGUAAUCUGUAAUGUUACCAGUUUAAACCGUCUGUUUCGGUCAUUUUGCUGAGUUCAUUCACCUUUUUGGCAGCACAAAAAAGACUGUGAAUGAGCUAGAACAGACUGAGCUUGCAUUAAAUUUCAAUCAGUAAUUAUUUGUUAUUGCUUUUCCCAUCAGUUAAUUGAUGGCGAGAUGUUCCCUCCCACUGUAAUUGAUGCACCUGUUAGGAUGAGCUACCCCCCCGGAGUCCCCCCGGAGAAUCAAAUUGCUAUUGGUCAGGAAGUGUUUGGACUCCUCCCUGGUCUGGGAAUGUACGCCACGCUCUGGCUGAGAGAACAUAAUCGAGUGUGUGAUGUCUUGAAAGCAGAGCACCCCACCUGGGACGAUGAACAGCUGUUCCAGACUGCACGUCUUAUCAUCAUCGGUGAGCUGGACGAAAUCCUAGAGAAAUAUUUGGAGAUUUUUGGAAUACUUUAAUUUGUUUUUAAAAGCGUUAAGUGAGGAAAUAACUGCGAAAUAUUAAAAGCAGAGAUCAGGAGUUGAUGAGCUCAGCAUAGAACAAAGGCUUGAGACUAUUUGAGACAGUAUACAAUGUUUAGGAGUUAAAAAGAAACAUUUAAAGGGAUAUUCCGGCGUAAAAUUUAUUUAGGGUCAAACACUCUGUAACACUGAGUUAGACACCCCCUCAAGAGAUGAAUGUUGCCGACCGCUUACUUCUCUAGUUAUACCAACUUUAGUAACGACCACACGAUAGCAAUACACAGCGGUCUGAGGAGCCAUAAACUAACCUCAACCAAAACGCCACUCCAUAGCCACAAAUAAUGCUCAGAACAGCACCUAACUUCAUCAACAGUACAUAUAGGGUCCCAGCCACAGCACUAGCCACCAAACAUCUUUUUAGCUUUGCCUAAUUUCUUUAGCAAAGAGACUAAACACAACUUACCUUCUCUCUUCCAGCAGUAGCUUGUUUGUAGAGAGACCUCAGGUCAGUCCAUUACAGACUGCUGCGGGGUGUCGCAGCUCAAGGAAGAACAUUUAUGAUCAUUACUUUAGCAUUUCCUUGAAGUAAUAAUCACCAUAUUAAUCAUUUUGCACUGCAGACGUAGUUCCUCCGUCUUGGUGUCUCAGUCUGAUUGCAUUUCCAUGAAGAAAUUAUCAUAAAUGUUCUUCCUUGAGCUGCGUCACCCCGCAGCAGUCCAUAAUGGACUGGCCCGAGGUCCCGCUACAAACAUGCAGCUGUUGGAAGAGAGUAGGUGAGUUGUGUUUAGUCUCUUUGCAAAAGAAAUUAGGCAAGGUUGUCAAAAUGUUUGGUGGCUUGUGCUGUGGCUGGGACCCUAUAUGUACUGCUGAUGAAGUUAGGUGCUGUUCUGAGCAUUUGUGGCUCCUCAGACCGCUGUGUAUCGCUAUCGUGCGGUCGUUACUAAAGUUGGUAUAACUAGAGAAACAAGCGGUCGUCAAAAUUCAUCUCUUGAGGGGGUGUCUAACUCGGUGUUGCGGUUUGUUUGACCCUAAAUUAAUUUUUAUCCCUUUUAAGCUUGGUGUCUUAACCAGGAACUUUCCAGAAUCACUGCAGGUACCACAACAACAUCAAAGCUCCUGUGAUCAAUGAUCACCUUAAUGCAUUUUCCUCUAACCUAAACUCAGAAUUGGUGUGCUCAUGUUUUCUGUGGUGCUCCAGGCUUUAUUUUUUUAACAUUUUGGCUCAUAUGAAAAUGGAUUAACAGGUAAUCCAACACUUUGUGGCAAAUCAGUUUAAAGGACAAGAAACUGUGAAAACACAGAAAUUGAGCGGAAAUUAGGGACAUACAAGUUAAAACAGCAUAUAUUUGAGAGCGUAUUUGUUAAUAUGGCACAACCUUAUCUCAAGAUAAGCUAACCUGUCUUUGGUUUCACACAGCUGACAUGAGAGUGCUAUUAAAAAGCUUUUAUUAACACCCAGCAACAGUGCUAAUAGUUGGGCGCUUUAUGUUUUUGUUAAUAACAGUGUAACAGCACACUCCCACAUUAGCUCAUGGUUGAUGGUUUUUAGGGGGUUUGAACCUGUUCAGCUGUGAGUCACAACCAGACGGGUGGUUUGAUUUAAUGCCCUUGCCCUCCUUUUUUAUGUGUCUGUGCAUGUUGCCCUCAGGUGAGACAAUAAAGAUCGUGAUAGAGGAGUACGUGCAGCACCUCAGCGGAUACCUGCUACACCUGAAGUUUGAUCCCACCCUGCUGUUCAACUCCCAGUUCCAGUACGGGAAUCGUAUCGCCCUGGAGUUCAGCCAGCUCUACCACUGGCACCCCCUGAUGCCUGACAGCUUCAUUAUUGAUGGGGACGAGCUGUCUUACUCACAGUUUCUCUUCAACACUUCUGUUUUGACACAUUACGGCAUCGAGAAGCUGGUGGAUGCCUUCUCUCACCAAGCUGCAGGCCAGGUAAUGAAAGAAAAAAAAACAAACCACAGAAAGUUAGUUAAAACUAAAAGAGAGUCUGUUGUAGCUCCGGCUUUGAACAUUCAUGAAAAAGGUUUCUUGGCAUUCAAUCUUAGUCUUCCUGUUUUGUUGGAUUUGGUAAGAGCUUGGCAUGGUUAGACGAAGAUGAUUGAGAGUAAUUUGGCUGUCAAUGUGUUUAUCUGAAAAAGAGAGCAUAACAGCUGCAGCUAAAAAAAAUGUUAGCCUGAAGGAAAUACUACAAAUAUUGGGCAAUUUUAAUACUACAAGUAUUUGGCAGAUAAAGACAUCAGAAGGGGAUUUUACUACAUAAAAGGGUUAGUAUUUUUUCCACAAGGGGUGCUACAAUCUACACAAACAGAAAGUCCCCUACAGAAGCUUUAAGGGUUAACAUGAGACAAAAAAGCCCUAAUACACAUAACAGUAGCGUUAAAAGCUUUACCUUUACUAUAUUUCACUCCUGACAUCUGUUCUACAGGUUGGCGGUGGUUAUAACAUUAAUCCUGUAGUCACCAAAGUGGCUGUGGGAGCCAUAAAGGAGUCCCGCCAACUCCGCGUGCAGCCCUUCAACGAGUACAGGAAGCGUUUCAACCUUAAGCCGUACACAUCAUUCAAACAAUUCACUGGUAAGUAAAACAUCGCUGUGUACAGACAGACCCCACAGCACAACCUUCAAAGCAUGUGAUUUACGACUCUCACAAGGAUGUGAAAGCAGCUGGACACUCUUGGGAUAAAUUCUUGGAAUAAAUGACAUCUCCUUCCUUCGUUGAGAGCAACUUUUAAAAGACUAUUUUUCAUCGCUGUUGUCUACUAUUUGAAAAUACAUCACUUGAUAUUUAUUGCACUAACUGCACAGGUCCUUAUAUUUAUAUUUGCCUGCAUUUCGUAAUUCACUACCACAGCAAAAUGCAGAAAAAUAUUUAGCAAAUUUAGAAAGUUUUAUAGAAUUCAUGGUCAAGGAAAAAGAAAUGUAUGUGCCAAUUUUCUCGAUGGAUGUUGAGAAAACUUGAAGAUGCUGCAAGUGCCAAAGUAGCAUUAAAGGUGGGGUAGUCAGGAUCCGAGGAAGUGUCAGUUUUGGGGGAGAAAUCUUGAAUGUAAACUCUACCCCUCCCAACCAGUUUUCCCCUCAGCUCCUCCUCUCCCCUCCCUCUCUGCUCCAGCAAGCCCCAACCACAAACAGACGCUCCUGCUCGCUCGUGUCGUUCCAAUUAAAUUCAGAUAUAAUGCAGAUAAACACUUAAGAUAAUUAGAAAUGGGGCCCAGUCAAGGUGAAAGUAAAAAGCACUGGUGCUACUGUAGAUGUCAACAGACUACCAGCAAACACAAUGUUUGCAGGACUUCUACAACUAGGAUAAAGUGACAUACUCCAGGACCCGAGGUCAACAGUUUAGCGGUGCUACAACAUGCAGCAGGUCCAGUUUGACAAGAAACACUUCUGUUACAGACACUUGGCUUACUUUGCUAAAGCUGUUUACCUGUCCAGGAGAAAGGUAACAGGGUCCGUAAGAUCCCAAAGUGUUUUAGGUUGACCUAGGCCUGGGUGAUUUGGCCAAAAAAAUGAUCACAAUAUAUUUUGGCAUAUUGUCUGAUCAAGAUUAUUAUCACGAUUUUGUUUUUAAACUGCCAGUUUUAAAGCAACUGUACUAAAAACAAAAAACAAAAACUAGAGUUUAGAUCAAAAUUUUAUCAACAUACAAAGGAAAUAACAAAGUAAACUGAAUAAGAUAAACAGAAAAAUAUAAAAACCAUUUUAACUCAACAGGACAACAAAAGAAGAUAAAUACUAAAUACGACGUUAAAUAACUUUUCUUCUCAACAAUAACAUCUUCAGAGGAUGACUCGAAGUCAUGGCUGACAUCUAUUUUCCUGCCCUCUGCUCCACGUUCGGUCAUUCUGUUUACUUCCUGUUUACUUCUCCGUUAACUUACAGAAGCGAGCAGGAAAAGCUCAACUCUGAUUGGCUGUUGUCACGCACAUUUUCGCCGUGUUUGAUCGAGUAAAAAUGCUCAGCUGAUCAAUGUGAUCGAACUGAAAUUUAUCACGAUCAUUAAUCACAAUCAUAUAAUCGCCCAGUCCUAGGUUGACCCGGCUUUUUAGCUCUUGUCUGGUCUACCUCCUUUUUAAGCGCCCGUUAUUCCGCCAGUCUCCAGUAUUUACUUUGUUUUCUUGCUUGUGUUGGCAGUCGUGGCUAAAGGAGGAUUCAGACAAUUUUCUGUACUUUCUGGUUGGUUUCUACUGUCUGAUAUUGUAGCACGCUAACUUUGUUUGAGCUCCUGAACGUUUCUGCCUCACAACCAAUCAGGUCAGGGAGGCAGAGAAGGGCUUUGUUUACAGUCAGAAAGAGCGGGCCGCCCAAAAAUGUUAAAAUGUUGACUACACAGACAUAAGAGAACACAGCAAUUUCGUUAUAUUCUCAAAUGUCAUCAAUAACUAAUUGCUAUUGACUGAUAUAAAUAGCUUUUUUUUGUAUACCACAAAAAAAGAUUCUUCUUUAACGGAUUCCUGCCUACCCCACCUUUAAGGGGAAUGCCCAAGUCACAAUCUUCAAGGCAAUCUGUGCAAUAAUAUUUUACUGACAUUUUAUUUACUCAUGAUUAUUUUACUAUUUUACAGAUAAUGAGGAGAUAGCUCGGGAGCUUGAAGGGUUCUACGGAGACAUCGAUGCUCUUGAGUUUUAUCCUGGUCUGAUGUUAGAGAGAACUCGACAGGAGUCCAUAUUUGGAGAGAGCAUGGUGGAAAUGGGUGCACCUUUCUCUCUUAAAGGUCUACUAGGAAACCCUAUAUGUUCUCCUGAGUACUGGAAACCUAGCACCUUUGGAGGUAAAGUGGGCUUCGACAUAGUGAACUCAGCCACUCUGAAGAAGCUAGUCUGUCAGAACACCAGGACGUGUCCUCAUGUGGCGUUUAGCGUACCAACUGGGGAGCAUUUACAAAAAGAGAACAGGGACACUAAAGUAAGGACUGAUGAGCUAUGACCAUUUCGGAUGGUGAUGAUCUUUAAUGAAGGUAUAAGAGGCUGCUAAAGAAAGAAGUGCUGAAGAUGCUCAUUUGGGGAACAUGCAGUAAUGCUUGUUCGAACACUACUGGAGGACCUGGAAAAACUCUAUUCUUUAAAUUUGUCACUAUUCAUCUCACAUUUGAACAAAUACACCUGGGAACUUAAACAGAUAUUUUUGUGCCAUACCAUAAAAAUCCACAUUCACUCUCUCCAGUAUUACAGACAUGUCUUGUUGGUAGAUUUCUUUUUUAACAAAUUAUUAGAAUAACUUUGUACUGAAAUAAAACUGAAGAAAAAGAGAAUGAGAGUCUAGUUAUUUAAAACGAAA